AUCAGAACUUACUUAAAUUUUUACGGUGUGGUCUGUUUAAAUCUCAUGGAUUGGCUAUUUAAUUAAAUAUAAUGAGACUUUACUUUAUUUUGGUAUAUUUAGGUAUCAUAGUGGCAGCGAAAAAACAUAAACAUAAGAAUGUGAACGGGAACACUACGACAGAGACGAUUCAGACGAAAAUGCGAUACAUUGAGAGUGAGGAACAGGAUGUGGAACAUGUCACGUUCGUCGACACAUAUUUGGAUCUUAGAGGAACCAUGCGGAAGCAAUUCGCUUUGGAAGCAGCGUUAGUGGAUCAUGCGAGGAAUAUGAUUUGUUCUCCAAUGUCUGCGUUGAUGCCUUUAGGAAAAUUAGCAUUAGGAGCAGAAGGAAAAUCAGAAAAAGAAUUAUUAAGAGCCUUAGGUCUUAGCAAUAGUAAGCAAAUAGAAAGCUCGUUCGCACAUUUAAUCACAAACAUGCAGUACCUGCCCGGAGUUACUCUGGACGUGGCCAGCAGGAUAUACGUCGGUUCCGAAAGUACACUAAACAGAAAAUUCGAAAAACACACUAAACAAAUUUUCAAGUCGUCUUGUCAGAAGAUUGAUGCUUCAGACCCAUCGGAGACUGCAUCAAUGAUUAACAGUUGGGUAUCAGAAAAAACACGAGGUAAAAUAAAGAAAUUGAUUCGACCAUCAGAUAUUUCAAGAGAUACUUCUUUGAUUCUCGUCAACGCCAUCUACUUCUACGGUUCUUGGAAUAAUCAAUUCGGCAGGACAUACACGGACGACUUUCAUUCACCAUCAGGAACGCACCGUGUACCAAUGAUGACACGGCAAGGGACAUACAAUUACUAUCAAUGUGAUACUUUGAAUGCUCAGAUCGUCGAAAUUCCUUACGAAGGAGGGCAAUCCUCAAUGGUUAUAGUUUUGCCAUACAGCAAGAAUGGUCUAGCAGUACUGCUGCGAGCUCUAAAACUAGCACCCGAACUAUUGAACCAAGCUUUGGAGAAAAUGAAAAAAACAGACCUUAUAUUGUGCAUACCUAAGUUCAAAAUUGAAACGGAAAUCGAUCUAGGCGCUCUGUAUAAAACGGUCGGAUUACGUUCACUAUUUGACGUUAGAAAAUCCAAAUUGACCGGUAUAGUUGACAACGAAAGUGUUCAUAUUUCUAAAGCCAUACAAAAAGCUGUUAUUGAAGUAAAUGAGAAGGGAACUGAAGCAGCUGCUGUUUCAGGGCUAGAUAUAGAACAAAUAAAGUAUGUUGUACCAUUGAAAUUGAAAGCGGACCAUCCAUUCUUAUUUUUUGUCACUGCUAUUAAAGAACAGUUGUUUGCGGGAACGCGCAAAUUAUCCAUUUUACUUCAUGGUCACAGCCAAUAAGGAACAACUGUUUAUGAUACGGUAAUAAAAAAGGAUCUGAAUAAUGAAAAACCAGAAGAAAUGAUAACAAAUCAUCAGACUAUUCAGGAGAGAGACUACUUCUUACCUCCUGUGUUCACGUCUGAUGACAAUGAGGACGAGGAAGAUGAUGAUGAAGCAGCAUAUUUAGAUUACGAUUAUGAGAUAAAGGAAUCAAAUUAUAAAGACUCACCGGAUUUGGCAACCGUUCGGUCAGACACACAUGAUGUUCCAGUUGUAGAUGAUAAAAUACCACUACACACUGCAAAGGACAAUUUACCUAUUUUCUUAUUGGAGCCAGAAAAUACUUAUGUUGUCAAAAAUAAACCUGCUACGUUAAAAUGUCGAGCUGCUAACGCUUUAAAAGUAUUUUUCAAAUGCAAUGGCAUACAAACUCAAGCACUAAAUUUCGAGUUCGUUGACCCUCAAACUGGAGUGAGGAUAAUUGAGGGAGAGUGUAAAGUGACGAGGGAGAAUGUUGAGGAGUACUUUGGGAGUGACAAGUACCAAUGCACUUGUUUUGCUUGGACCAGCCGUGGGCAUAUACGGAGUCAACCUGCUACUAUCGAACUGGCGUAUAUAAAGAAACAUUUUGCUCUGGCCCCACAAUCUCAAGUUGUGAAACAGUAUACAUCAGUAACGUUUCGCUGCGAGCCUCCACCAGCGGCCCCUUUCGUUCAAAUCUAUUGGCUCAAGAACGGAGCUCCCGUUGUCGAAGAUGAAAACGUUCACGUAUCUAAAGACAGAGAUCUAUUUAUUAAGCAAGCUUCAUUGUUGGACAUGGCGAACUACACAUGUGUCGCUGAAAAUUUAGCGGGGAAACGGAUGUCUGAACCAGCCUUGCUGACUGUGUUCGUUAAUGGUGGUUGGAGCGCAUGGUCAGCUUGGAUCGACUGCUAUUGUGAUGAGCAGGGAAGGGAGGCCCAUUCAGGGAGGAAGAGGGAGAGGACUUGUACAGCACCUAGACCUUUGAAUGGAGGACAACCAUGUAUGGGACCUAAUGUACAGAAGACACAGGAUUGUUUGGAUUGUGAAAUAGAUGAACUAGAUGAGUUGGCUGAUGAAUCACCGGAUUUGUUAUUAGGACGUUGGUCCCAAUGGUCGGAAUGGUCUAGAUGUGACUUGGACUGUCUUAGAACAAGAAGGAGACGAUGUUUGUCUAUCAACGCCUGCAGAGGAAUUGACUACCAGGUGGCACAGUGCAACCUGUGUGUUAGGACUUCUAAGAGUGACCUUGAUAAUGGAUCAUAUUGGCCUCUCUUGGUUGCGUUAUCGAUAGCUCUUCUGAUAUUCAUAGUGGUUGUUUUACUGGGAAUAAAGUAUAUUAAGUUUAAAAUUAACAACACUUCGCCAUAUGUGAAACCACCUUCAGGUUCGAAUUACUUCGGUAACGUAAUAAAGAGGACACUAACCAAUCAGCCGGACUUAACUAUACACGAGGAGUUCCAAACUAUUGAUUCUCGAAGGACACACAGACAUAUGAGCACAUCUACUAACACACGCCAUGAACAUCUGUACGAAGUACCACAGCUAGCUAACAGCUACAUCACACCCAUAGACCACGAGGUAAGAAAUGACAGAAAUGGAAGCGAAAGGAAUUACGCUUGCAAGGACAGCGUCGAGUCAGACCGAUCUGACUCCAGUUGCUUUUUGAGCUCCGGCUCAUCGUAUGGUAAUGAAAGUGUAGAGAUGACACCGUCGUUGAUAAAUAAUGCAUCAGUAGACUCAAAGUUCUUUGCUAAGCAAUUAGAAGUAGCUACUUCAAAAAUAGUUACACCAGACGGUGAUUGGUUGAAUCUUAAUAAAUGUGGAGUAAGCCUAUUUGUUCCCGAUGGAGUGGUGGAAAAGGGUGAAGAGUUAUUCUCGAUUGAGGUCGCAGACGACGACUGGAAUAGGCCGCUGCUGCAAGAAGGUGAAAUUCAACUAAGCCCUAUUAUACGGUGCGGACCCAAAAACUUUCACUUUUGCAAGAGUGUGGUUUUGUCCUUUCCACAUUGUGCAGCUUUGAAGAACACCAGCUGGUUUCUAUCCAUCCUCCAGAGGCCCGAAGAAAUCAACUCGAGGGAGUGGCGGAAAGUUUUGACUUUGGGCCAGGAAACGCCCGGGUCCCCACUGUUCGCACAAGUCGACCCUUCUAAAGUUUACCUAGUGAGCGAAUUUCUAAGCGACUUUGUUCUAGUCGGGAGAAGUUUCAGCGGUCUAGACGCGAAGUUGUAUAAAGUCGCUUUGUUUAUAUCUAAAAGAUUGGACGACAGUUACUAUAGUUUGAAGAUUCAUGUGUUUCACGAUACGCCUUACGCUUUCUACGACUGUUUCGAAAGUGAAAAGAAGUUAGGUGGCUCUUUACUCUGUGAUCCAAAGACAUUAUAUUUUCAACAGAAUUGUUCUGAUUUAUGUAUUAACAUUAGAGAUGUAGGAGUUGGUUGGAAGGUACAUACCGGGGGGAAAUACCAGGAACUGUCGUAUUCACAAGUGUGGAAUAUGACAAUGAAACCUCUGCAAUACAUAUUCGUGUUGCAGCAAACGGAUUCAAUAAACUGUUUAGAGUUAAACGUUACUAUUUACCAGAAACAGAAGCAAUCGAAUUCUGUCAAUUUCAAUUUCAAGACGAACGACUUGAAUUUUAAUAUGAAUAGUAAGAGAUUCAGUUGUGCGAGUGUAGAGACUGUUAAUAUAUUAGAGAACCCGUUCAAUUAUUCCUCGCUGAGUAAGAAGGAGGGGAGGUACGACUUUGUGUAUAAGAAUCACAGCAUUAGGAGCUACUUUAGCGUUGACAAUAAUUACCGGACUAAUGUGUUGACCAAGUCGGAUAGAGUGAUACUGUGCAAACUAUUAGAUUCUCAGUCAGUGAAAGGGAACGACUGGAGACUGUUGGCUGAGAAAUUGAAUGUUUGCUCUUUCUAUUAUUAUUUCACGAAUACUUGUUCGCCCACGGAGAAUAUAUUGAACUUAUGGUUGUGUAGGAAUAAUGACGUGAACAUGUUGGUCAAUUUGUCGAGGAUAUUCAGGGAAAUGGGUAGGAUUGAUUGUUCUACAGUAGUCGAGAGACGGUGUUUUGCGAACUGAAGGGAAAGUAUAAAGGAAUGUGAAACAAUCGUUGAGUUUUAAUGGAGAAAGAUUUUUGUAGACCUUUAUAGAGUUGUUUUGAGAGAAUAUUUGAAUUUGCGUUCGUUUACGUCAUCAUUGUUUCUUUGAAGAUUUAAAAAGAACUUCUAUUGUAUUUUGAUUGUUUGGCUAUAAUUGUUAAUUUUCUUUAUGUUUUGUUCUGUUCAGCUUUGAAUUUCAGUGUUUGACGUCUAUUCAAAUUCAAUGUUUGAUAUUAUAUGAAAGAAUGGUUUUUGUUUAAAUUAAACAACUCUAUUGUUUUUUUUUAUUUUUCAGUACAUAUAAUAUUUUUUACUAGAUUUCUUCAUAACCUUUCUGCGAGGAUAUUUAUUUUUAGAAACAUGAACGGUUUUCAAUACAAUAACAUUAGCUGACCCUCUGUAUUAUACAUAAAUAGCCAAUAAAACCUAUUUUAGCUAUAUACUGGUUUGUCAAAUCUCUUUUAAGAUGCUUCAUUUCUUUAGUGUCAACUUACACACUGUCUGUGUCAAAUAAAUAAACACAAUAUGAUUUUCGUGAGUCACCUUCAAUUAAUAAGAUUGUAUGGCCUAGUUAUAUCACUAUUCUUCGCUCACUCUACCAAUUUAAAACUACUCCAAGGUCCCAUACGCACGUAGAAAUAAGUCGAUGGUUAAAAAUACUACUUACAUAUGUGUGUAGGAUAUGAAACUGAUCGAGUAACUUCGUUAAACUAUUACGUUAGUAAGCCGUAGAAGUUAAUCAAAAUCAGAGUGAAUAAGUUGCUUAUGGGCAGAUGUCCUUCACAUAGGCCGCAUCAUUGCUUUGCUACCAGGCGAGAUAGCAGCCAAACGUCGGUCCAUCAAAUACAUACACAUAAAAAAGUAAACCAUUAAAUAGCUAAAACAGGUUUAUUGACUUCUUAUACCACUGAAAAUGUUUAAAAAUUAAUUAGGAAAGCUUAUAAAUACUAAAAAGUAUGUUUGAAAAACAUUAUUAGCUGUAUAUAAGUAAAUAUUAAUGAACCAAAUAGAUACUGUAUUGUUUAGAUA